ACUGCAGUGCACUGUGAAAGUGUUCCGGUGGUGUCCGUUAGGGGGCAGUGGCGGGUGCGCACGUAUCCCGGCAGCAUUAGAGGAAGCAGGCGGGGUUCCGCACGCUUUAGGAGGGUUUUAGCUGUUCGGGAAUAAAAAGUGAAACUUCUCCGACAGCAUGAACGGAUCCGCACACAACGCGCCGAGCGUUGUAGAAAUGACGCUGAAAAGAGGCCCGGCUGGUCUGGGGUUUAAUAUAGUGGGUGGAGUUGACCAGCAGUAUAUUAUGAAUGACAGUGGAAUCUAUGUGGCAAAAAUCAAAGAAGAUGGAGCGGCUGCACUGGAUGGACGUCUGCAGGAGGGAGACAAAAUUAUUGCGAUAAAUGGCCAGAAUUUGGACAAUCUGUCUCAUAGUGCAGCAGUGGAGCUGUUUCGGUCUGCAGGAGAGGAUGUGCAUCUUCGAGUACAGCAGGGACCAAACCUGCAGAACGGCCCCACCAGCUCUCGUGCCGAUGGAGAAUCUUCAUCUGCUUUCGGCACAUGGACAAUGUGUACUGUAGUCGCCCUGGCAGUUAUAACAGCAGCAGGUUUCAUCGCUUACAAACGCCUUCAGUUGCACCCCCGGGCGUCCCGGGGCCCGUUUUAACCCAUUACAUGAUUACAUGACAUUUUACAGACUCAUAAUUUUUUUUUUUUUUUGGAACUGUUUCUGCUGAAGGCCCAAACAUUAACAGGGAGCGAAAAUGGAAACCAGUUAAUGUUAGCAGAACUUGCAGAUUUUCUUUAAUUGUUUAGACCAUGUUAUGACCACACACUUGUAGCUGUAACAGGUUUUCACAAUUAGUUUGGUGAUAAUCAUUGGCGCUUAAACAGAAUACCCAGCAUGCCUGAUGACAUUGCAGGGUGGAAUAAGGGAACAGGGAUGAUGAGCACGGUGUUUGGAUCAACAGCAGCAGAAAUCUCUGAACUAGACAGAGGGGCCACAGGCAGGAGACAGAGGCCGAGGUGGAACUGUGUUUCUUGGCAGAAGACAGUCCCACAGAGGAAUGAUUUUUCUCGCCUUGCCAGAGUGCUGGAAUGAGCCCAAGGUGUGCCAUUACAUUAUUUGAGGUCUUCUCAGGUACCUGCUUGUGCAAGAGUAUGUUUGAAAGCAUGCAUGAUGUGAAUGGAGUCAGCGUUUUCUUUUUUUAAUACUUUAAUUUAUCACUCAUCCAUGUCCAAGCAUGCAGGAGCGGCGUUUAUGUGGCAGCGGUAGUGGUGGAGGCGGUAAAGACGUUCAAACUGUUUAUUUGCCAUCAGGGCUUGGCCUUGUAUUUGGUUUUCCUCCCUCAGGGGAAAAAACAAACUAGAUGUGACACUUCUUAGAACUCACAAUCAGAAUGAAAAUGAUAUAUUGUUAAUAUUGUAUAUGGCUUGUGUUUCUGGAAUCGUCUCGUCUCGUACACUAAUAUUUUUCUGCACCUCUCUCAACUCGUGCCUUGCCACAUUGAGCUGCUGGUCUCAGUGCUGCUCCCUAUCUGCAGUCUGCAGUUUUUCUUGCGCUGUUUCUGACUGUACUAUCUGUUCUGUAACUGACAAAUGUGUGUUUGUGUUGUCAGUUCUUCUGCAGGUCUGUAUGGAUGAAACCAUAUGUAAAGUCUUCAUGAAAUGCUCAUUCACGUUUCACAGUUAGAAUAAUGUUACUCAUUCGCAUGCAUCAUGCAUUGAAUAAACCAUUUGUUUGAAAAAA